ACUAGUAUAAUGCUGAUUUUGUGUUUCUGAAUGAACCCAAAAUGGAGAAGGAACGCAGCAAUCCUGAAGAAGAACACACUUUCUCUUUGUUUCAAUUAGAUCCUGUGUUUCUCCAAAGAAUUCUUGCUAGGAAUCCUUCUCUAAGGAGGAAUUCUUCGCAUUACUGCGGGAGUCGCAUCGGCGACACUCCUUUCCAAUGGGAAGUGCAGCCGGGCACCACAAAAAAUCCACCCAACAAGGAGGGAGAGCCGCCCAUACUCAUGCCGGUGAAGAAAACUUCUGAUGAAUUCGGGUUUUUUGAUUCAGAUGCCGAUGAUGGCAAGUCCUCGUUUGAUCUUUCGGGAUCUUCGUCGUCGUCUUCGUUGUCGUCAAAUCUGCCGCCACCACCGCCGCCCCCUGCAGUUAGUCCUCAAGUCAAUUUUAAGCCUUGGAUUGCUCCGAUACCUAGAAUAUCAUCUUUUUGGAAGAAAAAAUCUUCGAAAAAACAUCAUGGCAAAAGGGCUUAGGCAAAAUCAAGAGGGUUACAGCCAUUUUCGCUUUCAUUUUUGGAGUUAAUCUCCAUAGCUUCGAAAUUAGUAUUAGUUUAGGUAUUCAUGUAUUACUACGUUAAAGUACAGUAUAUUUAUGAAUUUAUUAAUAUAUUUUUAAUAAAUAAUCGGUCUAUAAAUUACUUUUUGAUUA